ACAAAGGAAUAAUGAGAAUCGUAAAGACUUGAAAGAUGGCUGGUAUAAUAAAAGUUUGUAUUUAAAUUACAAAAUAAGGUGCCUUUCGCUCUGAACAUUGCUGGACAUUACAGAGCUCCUACAGGUAGUAAACCGUGCCAAGGUAGCUAUAUUUACUGUAAUUUAAAACAAACGUAAGUCGCUGGCGACUGUGUCACAGGGACACAUUUGGUUUGACAACCCAAAAAUUAUUUAUGUUAUAGUAAAUGUUGAUAAUUCAGUAAUACAAUUUUGCUGUAAAUGAGAAUUGCGAAUAUGAAUUUUGGCGGUACGAUACGUCUCAAUCGAAUUGGCAUCUGCAUUAUAAUAGGAGCAUGCAUCAUAUUGGUGCUGUAUAUAAACUCUAGUGGCAUGGAAAGCCCUAAAACAGAACCAGGGAAAAAUAAUGGCUUCGUAAGUCUAAAAAAACUAUUAGUUGCUGCCAUUGAAGUUGCUGUAAAAGGAGGAAAGGAAAUUGUUGCAGUAAGAAAUGCACCUAAUAUUGGUGAGAAAAGCAAAGGUAAUACAAAAGGAAUAAACGAUCCAGUGACAAAAGCAGACUACAAUUCCCAUUGUGUUAUGUACUACAGCCUCAUUCAUUCAUUUCCAAAAGUCAAAAUAAUUUCAGAAGAAAAUAUAAAACAAUCUGACUGCAAAAAUUUAUCCUAUCUUGGGGAUGAUUCAGAUGGUGUUCAUAAUCUUAAUCCAUUGAAUGAUGAGCUUGUGCAAGCAGAGGACAUCACUGUAUGGAUUGAUCCUUUGGAUGCUACAAAAGAAUUCACAGAAAAUAAACUGCAAUAUGUUACAACAAUGGUGUGUGUUGCUGUUAAGGGAAAUCCAAUUAUUGGAGUUAUUCAUAAACCAUUUGAAGGAGAACCACACACAUUUUGGGCAUGGGAAGGCAAAAGUGCAUCUGAUAACCUGAAAAAUAACAAGGCUGAUAGACAUUCAACUACAAGCAUAAUUAUGUCAAUAUCCCACCCAGGCUUGGUUAAGAAUAUUUCUGAACAAGCAUUUGGAAAAAGCAUCACCACUGUUUCUGCAGCAGGGGCAGGUUAUAAGUCACUGGAGGUGGCAAGAAGACAUGUCGACGCCUAUCUUCAUGUGACAGAAAUCAAGAAGUGGGACAUUUGUGCUGGUAAUGCAAUCAUUAAGGCCCUUGGUGGAAAAAUGACAACACUUUCAAAUGAAGUUUUGGAUUACUCUUCUGAAGAUAUUGUGAAUAAAAAGGGUCUUUUGACUACUAUGGAAAAUCAUGAAUUGUACCUGGAGAAGCUGAAACCUUUUAAGUUGUAAGGAUACACUAUAUUGUGUAUGAUUUUGGAACAAUUUACAGUACAGUGGCCAGUAUAUUUCUGAUUUCAUAUUCUAUUAACAGCUGGCAGAACAAAUGUAUUAAGCUUUUAUAUAUGUAGAUGAUAUCAUAAUAUAUGGGGUGAUGAUGUGAAUGAAUUUGAGAAAAGACUAACCCACUGGGAAAAAGUAAGCAAGGCAUGAGGACUGCAAAUAAAUCUAGAAAAGAUGGUAAUAUUAAAACUCUCAACACAAGUAGGAAAGAACAAAGUAAUGAAACCAAAUGAAAAAGAGAUAACAGCAGAUAAAUUUGUUUACUUUGGAAGUGUGUGUAGAAUAAUGGUAAGAUACAGUAUGAGAUAUAAAGUAAUUGGAAGGGAUUCAACAUUAUAUAAUUUAUCUAAGAAUUUAGUGUAGAAUAAAGACAGACAGAAAAUGUAAAAUUACAGCAUUCAUUGUGUAUUUUAAAACAUACUAUUAUAUGAAAUGGAGCUGGGGUAAUUCAGUCGGUUUUGUGUCUAUGGCGUAGAUGACCAAGGUUUGAUCCCCAGGGGUUUUUAUUCUAGACUUUGGCUCUGGGACCCACCCAGCCAUUUGUUCAAUGGGUACCAGGGUUCCCUUCCCUUUGAAGCUCAGAAUUGAGGAAAUACAGACCCAAAUCCUGGAAAGUAGACAGUGAUGGUUGGGCAUUUUAAAAGAAUAGAUGAGCAUAGAAUACCAAAAAGAUUAUUGAAAAUGAAGGCGAGUGGAAGAAGACCAAGGGGCAGACCACACAUAUGAUGGGUAGACAAAGUUCAGAGUGAUGUAGAGGGGAGAAGAUUAAACUAGAGGAGGGUUGAUGAAAUGCAAGAAUGGGCAGAUCAAGACAGCUGGAGAUGGUGUGAAAAAGUUGACCCACAGGUGUGGAAAUGAUGAGGAGGAGGAGGAAGAAAAAGACAUUAAUGUAUAUUAUUCAAAGCUAUUUUUCUUCCACAUAUCUGUUAGAGGGUUUGUUUUUAUGUAUAGCAUAUAUAGACUUCUGUAACUAUUUGUGCUGACCUCAACCUGAAAUCACAAGACAGUCAACCAUUUCCUGGCCUUGGUGUGAGAUCACAACAGAAGUAUGGGGUUUCUUUUCAGAAAAAUACUGAUGUCUGAACUGUGAGAACUUUGAAAACACAGGUAAAGUCCUUCUAUAUGGAGCUAAAUUUUUUUCAACUUUUCAUUGACUGUAGUGGGAUUUAAAUGCUCAGUGUUUCAGAAAAAGGGUUAACCCUCUUAACAGAACUGGUCACUGUACUGUAAAGAUGUACAGAAAUUUUAUGGGAGGUUUGUCUGAAUCUUAUUUUAGUAAUAAAAAUGAUAGUAUAUGCUCAGAUAACAAUUGUAAGACAGUCAUAUGCAUUUCCUUUUUACAAUAAAAAUAUACUAAGCAAAUACAUAUACAUAAUAUGUGCAAAAUGACCCAUGUCUAGUUGAUUUCCACACAUAUACACAUUGCAUAUUACUAGAUAAAAAUGUAAAAAAAGUAGAUAAA